AUGGUUUCUAAGCUGAGCCAGCUGCAGACGGAGCUCCUGGCUGCCCUGCUCGAGUCCGGCCUGAGCAAAGAGGCUCUGAUCCAGGCCUUGGGGGAGCCAGGGCCCUACCUGAUGGUUGGAGACGGUCCCCUGGACAAGGGGGAGUCCUGCGGUGGGAGUCGAGGGGACCUGACCGAGCUGCCCAAUGGCCUGGGGGAACCGCGUGGCUCCGAAGACGACACGGAUGACGAUGGGGAAGACUUCGCGCCACCCAUCCUUAAAGAGCUGGAGAACCUCAGCCCAGAGGAGGCAGCCCACCAGAAAGCCGUGGUGGAGUCACUUCUUCAGGAGGACCCAUGGCGCGUGGCAAAGAUGGUGAAGUCCUACCUGCAGCAGCACAACAUCCCCCAGCGGGAGGUGGUCGACACCACCGGCCUCAACCAGUCCCACCUGUCACAGCACCUCAACAAGGGCACCCCCAUGAAGACGCAGAAGCGGGCCGCUCUGUACACCUGGUACGUCCGCAAGCAGCGAGAGGUGGCACAGCAAUUCACCCACGCGGGGCAGGGCGGACUGAUCGAAGAGCCCACAGGCGAUGAGCUGCCAACCAAAAAGGGGCGGAGGAACCGGUUCAAGUGGGGUCCCGCGUCCCAGCAGAUCCUGUUCCAGGCUUAUGAGAGACAGAAGAACCCUAGCAAGGAAGAGCGAGAGACUUUGGUGGAGGAGUGUAACAGGGCGGAGUGCAUCCAGAGGGGGGUGUCCCCGUCGCAGGCACAGGGGCUAGGCUCCAACCUUGUCACGGAGGUGCGCGUCUACAACUGGUUUGCCAACCGGCGCAAGGAAGAAGCCUUUCGGCACAAGCUGGCCAUGGACACGUAUAACGGGCCUCCACCAGGGCCAGGCCCGGGCCCUGCGCUGCCUGCCCACAGUUCCCCCGGCCUGCCCACAACCGCCCUUUCUCCCAGUAAGGUCCACGGUGUGCGAUAUGGACAGUCUGCAACCAGCGAGGCCGCUGAGGUGCCCUCCAGCAGCGGAGGUCCCUUAGUCACAGUGUCCGCAGCCCUACACCAAGUAUCCCCCACAGGCCUGGAGCCCAGCGGCCUGCUGAGCACAGAGGCCAAGCUGGUCUCAGCCACGGGGGGUCCCCUGCCUCCCGUCAGCACCUUGACUGCCCUGCACAGCUUGGAGCAGACGUCUCCAGGUCUCAAUCAGCAGCCACAGAACCUUAUCAUGGCCUCGCUGCCUGGGGUCAUGACCAUCGGGCCCGGGGAGCCCGCCUCCCUGGGACCCACGUUCACUAACACGGGUGCCUCCACCCUGGUCAUCGGUCUGGCCUCCACCCAGGCACAGAGUGUGCCGGUCAUCAACAGCAUGGGGAGCAGCCUGACUACGCUGCAGCCGGUCCAGUUCUCCCAGCCGCUGCACCCCUCCUACCAGCAGCCUCUCAUGCCCCCCGUCCAGAGCCACGUGGCCCAGAGCCCCUUCAUGGCGACCAUGGCACAGCUGCAGAGCCCCCACGCCCUAUACAGCCACAAGCCUGAGGUGGCCCAGUACACGCACACAAGCCUGCUUCCGCAGACCAUGCUGAUCACAGACACCAACCUCAGCACCCUUGCCAGCCUCACACCCACCAAGCAGGUCUUCACCUCAGACACAGAGGCCUCCAGCGAGCCCGGGCUUCAUGAACCAUCCUCUCCCGCCGCCACCAUCCACAUCCCCAGCCAGGACCCAUCGAACAUCCAGCACCUGCAGCCUGCCCACCGGCUCAGCACCAGUCCCACGGUGGCCUCCAGCAGCCUGGUGUUGUACCAGAGUUCUGACUCCAACGGGCACAGUCACCUGCUGCCAUCCAACCAUGGUGUCAUCGAGACUUUUAUCUCCACCCAGAUGGCCUCCUCCUCCCAGUAACCAUGGUGACUGCCUCCCAGGAGCUGGGUCCCCAGAGCCUGCAUUGCCUGCACAGGGGCUGAGGAGGGCCACAGCCACGCUGCCUGGAGGAUACUGGAGCCCACCAUGCCACCUGACACGGGCUGCUGGCCUUCCCAGAAGUCUAUGCUUUCAUGCCACAGCUGUCAGGAAGGGAUGGCUCUGAGGUGUCUCAGCCUGGGAAGCGAGCCUCAAGGAACCCAGGGACAGCCCAGCCUGGGCAGUACUUUGGAUCGCCAUCCCUGCUGUUUAGAAUAGAAAACUUAAAGCUUGGAACAGGAGGAGGGGAAGCCAGUGAUGCUGGCGCCCCCAGUCAGAGCCUGCAGCCCCUCAAGGAUCUGUGCCAAGCUGAGGCCUCCGAUCAACACAGCUGCCUUCUGUGUCCUGUGGCCCCCAGGGAACUGAGGGGAAGCUAUGUAAGGCUCUCCUGGGCUUUCCCCUACCAAGCCACCCCUUCUUCCAGCCCCAGGUCCAUUUGUUACCAGCUGAUACCAGCUUGGCAUCUUGCCUCCACUAGAAAAGCCACUGCAGGGCUAAGGUUGUCAGCCCUGUUCCUUAGGAGCUGUGACUCAUGCCAAUCAGCUCCUCUGCCUGUAGGGCCCUGACAACUUCCUUCCUGGUGUGAGGGAGACCUGCAGAACUCGGAAGUCAAGGCCUGAUCAGUGGCUAGCACAGGAAGCUGAGGGCAGCAGAGAAACCACCUACGUGGCCUGGGAGCUGGCAGCGUUCUGAGGAGUGCGGGGUCCUGAGCACACCUGACUGUUCCCUCAGGCCUACUGCAGAGAACCCGGCCCCCGGGGGCUCCUGUCGGCCUGGACAGAGCCAGCACCCCCUGCAGCCUCCGGCCGGCUAUGCAAAACCCUGUGUGUUUAUUUAACUUUUAGUAAAGCCAGUAAAAAGCGAAUGGGAGCUUCCUGAUUAGCCAUCAGUGGCCGGGAGGGAAGGCAGAGUGAGGCCAGGCACAUCGACACACCUUUGUGUUUAACUAGAAAUGAGGUGGGGUGACUGUGCCUGAAUGUGUGUGUCCUCAUUACUGCAAGAAAUUCAGUGCAUGUGUGGUGCCACUCCCUGGAGUCUUGCAGCGGGGAAGAAGGAAGGUAUCUGGGGCGUGGGUGGCAGGAUCCACAGGUGGUUUAUAAGAUGCCCUCUUAACG